GGAAUAUUCUCUGCUGUCUGUACAUGACGCUACAGGACGUCCUCGCGCUCAGCAAAAGAUGAAAUGGGACCUCCAUAGACAGGAUACUGGCAUGUGGGCUGUCCAAAGAGAUCUCAGGUGGACAACAUUGCAAGUACAACUUCCCAUGAGAACUGUUUUGUAUUUCAGAUAUGACAAAAUGGCUUUGCUUUAGCUUCUGACUCUCGAUCCCCUUUUGGAUAAGAUGAUGCUUAAAAAAUACUUGGUAUUAUUGUAUAUGUGAGUCCAUUCUUAGUAGAGAAACAUCCUUUAAAGUGAUACCUUCAAAAUGUCAGCACAUCAAGGGGGCAGUGUCCGUAGUAUCCGACCAUAUAAAUCCAGUGAACAGUACCUCUAUGCCAUGAAAGAAGACUUGGCUGAGUGGCUGAAGGAUCUGUACAAUCUGGAUGUAACAGUGGAGAACUUCAUUGAAGUCCUGGAGACUGGAACUUUACUUUGUUAUCAUGCCAACAAUGUGACUGAGGUAGCAGGUGGAUUCUGUACAGAAUAUACUGACUUGGCUAAAAAACUUUUGCUACCAAAAUCUGGAGUAACAUUCAAUGCAUCAGCGCAGCCUGGAACCUUUUUGGCGAGGGAUAAUGUAUCCAACUUCAUCCAUUGGUGCAGGAAAGAGAUGGCCAUUAAAGAUGUCCUGAUGUUUGAGACAGAAGAUCUAGUUCUGCUGAAGAAUGAAAAAAAUUUCAUUCUGUGCCUGCUAGAAUUGGCUCGACGAGCUUCUCGCUUUGGUAUGAGCGCCCCUGUGCUCAUUCAGUUGGAGGAGCAAAUUGAGGAGGAAAUACGAGAAGAACUGGAACUGCCACCAGUGGAGAUCCCGGUCCCCAAACCUCCAAGCCAAAGAACAUUAAUCGACUUUAAGAAUUUGGACCAAAUGGUGCAACAUUUGGUAAGCAGAUGUACAUGUCCAGUACAGUUCGGCAUGAUCAAAGUCUCUGAAGGAAAAUACAGGGUGGGGGAAUCCAGUACUCUCAUCUUUGUCCGGAUUCUGCGCAACCACGUGAUGGUCAGAGUUGGAGGUGGCUGGGACACACUGGAGCAUUAUUUGGAUAAACAUGAUCCCUGUCGCUGCACAUCUCUCUCUCACAAACAAGUUUCUAAAUCUGGCAAUCAACAGAAGUCAAUAAACCCAACUCAUGAAAUAAAGGCUCGCUUAACACCUAGAUCAGAUAAUCCCAAUAAAACUGAAACAACACUGAUAGUGAGCAGAUGUCAGAGUCCAUUGCCCCCAGUGGACUGGAGGACCUACACAUCUAACAGCAACAGAACGUAUUCCUUAUCAUCCAAUUCCCCCGAAAGUACAGACAAGAGUGCUAUGUAUAGAACCCCUCAUGGGCAGUCUGAUCUCAAAAGGAGCUUUGUUUUUAGAGGGCAUGAAAGACCAGCUACUCCAUCCAGAAGACAACUGUUCAUGGAAGACUGUCAAACUAGCCAGCAAUCCCACUUCUCACAAUCCAGCCAUAAUAAGCAUAUUUCCUCCACAUCUUCUACAGGAUCCCACUUCGCUGGAAGUGAAGAUGGUAACUCAUAUUCUUCAGAUGUCUUUAUUGAGAAUUACAGAGGAAGACAGGGAAAGAGCCCUGCACCUGGUAUUAAAGAGUCAAUGAUAAAAGAUGCACACCAAACUCACAUACACAAUGCUUAUGUGAAAGCACAAACCGUAACUGAAAGAGACAAUAUUCAACAGGAAUCAAGACCUAAAACUCCGUCUCGAUUAAGACCACCUAGCCCUUCCAAGUAUUUGCUGUACAAUCAGCAGAGCAAAAUGUCUGAAUACCAGCCAAAGAACACUUUAGACAUAACAACGCGAACAUGUUCUCCAACCAAACAGCUUAGCACACGUUCUUCAUCUCCAACUAAACAGCUUAGCAUACGUUCUUCUUCUCCAUCAAAACAACUUGGUACACGUUCUUCAUCUCCAACUAGACAGAUUAGUAUACGACCUUCAUCUCCAACUAAACAACAAAGCAUUCGAUCUUCUUCUCCAACUAAACAAUUUAGCCAGCCAAUAAAACAAGAAUCUAAUGGUGUCAAACCCAUGUCAACUUUUACUAGGCCAUAUACUCCUAGUAGGGCUUACCAUGAUCCCAACACUCCUCACAAUAAGCUUAUACCAACAAGAAGUGUUCCUGUUCAUACUGAGCAAAGCAAUAAUGUAAGAAGUGGUAGAAGUACUCCAACAAUCCCGCUUAACAGAAAUGGUACGGCCAUAAAGGAGAAUAGUUUUGCUAUGAAAAUGCAGUACAAGCAUGCUAGUUCUCUGGAAGACUCCAUUUUGUCAGAUAAUGUGGAAGCUGGUUAUACAUAUAAACCAUUGCCAAUUGGUCCAGAUCAAGAGAAGGAAUUGUAUCAGAGUCUGGAAGAUGAAAUCCUGUCAAACAUUAAAGUUAUGGAGGGAGAUUCUGAUGAAAAUAGCAACCAUGAAAACAGACGCAGUGAUUUUACACCUAGCAUUGCAAGUGAUGUUGCUGUUCAUGACUUUGACAUGAAAAGGAAAUCAGUAUCUGCUUUGUCCUCAGCUCGAAACACAUUAAAGACUCCUGAUGGUGAGGUAGAAAUACCCAGAAGUGGCGUAUAUAUAAACACCAAAUGGCCAUCAGGAGGAGGAAGCUAUGAUGAUGUCAUCACAGAACUGACAAAGGGUCCUGUCAAACUCAAUAGAGUGGAUGUGGAAAACUGGAUCUCAAAAAUACAUCCAAAAGUUGGAGAAGGGCGGGAUGCAAAAGAAAAAGAUACACCUCUACAGCCGCCGGAAUCACAAGAAAAGAGUGAAAUAACAUCAGAAAUACAGAUCAUUCAUAAAAAAUUAUCUUCUGUUGAAAUCAAUAGUAACAAAAUGAAACAGCUGCCAUCUCAAAGACUGAGACAGCAGGCACUGGAAGCCAAAAAGAAAACAGAGGACAAUCAAGAUUCAUUGGUUUCAAGUUCUAAUAAGGAAGAUGCUCGAGAACAAUCCAAGUUACCACAAUCAUCUAAGCCAAAAAGAGCUUUGAAAAAACCAGAGAGAGUACCAUCAAUUUAUAAACUGAAACUAAAGCCAAAAAUACGUCCCCGAAAAGAUAACAGACCUGAAAAGAAGCCAUCCAAAAUCCCAACACCAGUGUCUUAUCGGCUAGGACAAAGCAAAGCAAAAAACACAAAAAAACAUGCUGCAAAACCUUCUGGCAUCCGAAGUCGGAAGGAGUCACAGAGUACAGCUGUUAGUACAGGAGACUUGGAUACUGAUGAAGGAACAUGGUCUUCAGAACUUUCCUUUUCCUUGGAAGCUUCUAAUCCUCAGAACAAAGAACAAUGUGAUACAGAUAACAUAAGGUCUGAAGAAAAACAAGAAGAACAUGACAGAGGGAAAGAAGAAGAUGAAGAGGAAACAUGGGUUUAAGUAAUUCAAAAGUGAUUAAUUUUUUUAAAGUGUGGAAAUUAGCUUUGUUCUAUAGCCAAAUAAUUAAAUUCAUCUAAAAAGGUUGUCAGUGUUAUAACCUACUGAUAUUUACAAAGGUUGAAUGGAGGGCCAAGUGGAAUAAAAUUUCCACAUAAAAUUUUUAUUGGUACGAAAAUGAUUUUUAUUUGACUUUUUUUUAUACUUAUGUUCAUUGUUAUCUAUUUAUUUAAAAAUGAAAGGAACACUCCUGCCAAAACAGAUGCAAUCUGUGAGAAGUAGUGCAGUAGGAUUGAAAUAGUGUUUCAGUUUCUGUGGAGUGUUUCAUUUCCCAAAUGAUGUGCAGAUUUUUGUCACCAAGAAAAUGGUGAUACUUUAUUUAUACAUAAUCAUUAUGAUUUGCAGUAUUAUUGCAUAUAUAAAACAAUAGAUAGCGGCUGCUGAUUACUGGAAAAGCAGGUCUUAAAGAAGUUUUUUUGGGAUUCUAGAUAUUAGUGACCUAUGAAUAGGGGCUUAGCUGAAGUCCCCUGCAUGGCCAAUACACAGUGGAUGGAGCCUUUUUUUUCUGGCUCAGUCCAUUGUGUUACUUCUGGUGCCGGCAGCUGCUGAGAAGAGCUGAUUGGAUCCCUACCGACCUGAUAACCUAUUAUGAGAAUAGAUAAUUUCUACCUGGUAAAACUUUAAAAGAUUUCUCACAGCAGGGUCCUUCCAAUAUUUUUUUUGUAUACAUGGCAACGUAGCAUAGGUAGAAGCAAAAACAGAGGGGGCAGUGUGUUGUCCCUGGUGCCAAGUUGUUUAUAAGUGAUGUUAAUUUCCAUAAUUUUUAUUAUAGUUUUAAAUCAUUAAGGUUUUCCUCAUUCUGCUUAAUUAGUCCAUAUAAUAUAACCUGCUCUACAGUGUAUUGUCACAAAACAUGAGAUAAAAAAAAUUACAAAAAAAACCAAAAAACACAUCUUCACAUCUCUGUAAAAAUAUAUUUGCAUCCUGAAAGGCUCUGCACAAAAUAUUUGCA